AAGAAGGGGACUCAUCUCAGCAACUCAUAAUCACUGGACUUCAUGACUAUGAAUAAACUGUGGGCAGCGUUGACUUGUUGAAGAGUGUGUGCGAUCUACUGAGUGCUUGAUAACCUUCCAGUGAGAAAGACAAGAAAAAUCUUUUUUCAGGAACAUUUUGUUGACAUUGAGAGUGUUUCUUCAGCAACCAUGGCAUCAACAGGUCUUCAGCUGCUGGGCUUGGUGUUGGCUGUGCUGGGUUGGGUGUGCGGGGCUCUGGUGUGUGCGGCUCCUCUGUGGCGUGUGUCAGCCUUCGUGGGUGGAGAGCUGGUGAUUGCCCAGGUGUUGUGGGAGGGACUGUGGAUGAACUGCCUCUCUCAGACCACAGGCCAGAUCCAAUGCAAGACCUAUGACUCCACUCUGGCCCUGCCCCUGUCUGCCCAAGCUGCCCGGGGCCUCACUGUUCUCUCCCUGCUCCUCUGCCUGCUGGCCCUCAUGCUCGGGGUGGCCGGGGCCAAGUGCACCCACUGCAUGGGUGAUGGUAACCAGGCGUCCAAAGCUCGGCUGGCUAGGGUGGCGGGGGUUUUCUUUCUUGUGGCUGGCUUGGCCUACUUGAUACCAAUCUGUUGGACUGCUCAUGCAAUCAUCAGGGACUUCUAUGAUCCAAACGUCGCAGCGCCUUUAAAGAGAGAGCUGGGGCCGGCGCUGUACCUGGGCUGGGGGGCCAGCUUGCUGCUCCUGGUGGGUGGCUCCCUGCUGCACGCGGGCUCAUCUCCACCAGGAGGGAAAACGCUGCCUGUUUUGGGAGGAGCAGUGAAGGACAACCCAGGGGCAGCAGGAGAGGUGAAGCAACAGGAAAAAUCUUUUGUAUGAAAUAAUUUUAUUGUACUUGUGAGGUCAAAACCUCGUCAAACAACCUUCUGGAAACGACAAAGUCACCUACUAUCAGAGGACAUCUAGCACAUAUUGUCUUUUAUAUUAUGCAGUUUGUAUAUGUUUCUUUAAGGUAGAGUAUGGAUUUCAUUACACUUUGGUAAAUACUUACUACUUACUUAAAACUACAUAACAAAGGCUUUCUAAUAUAAUUUAUCAGAGUGGGAGUUGACAUGCAUUGUGGGAGGAUUUAAAUGUUUCGAGCUUUACUAAUGUGUGUGACUUACAUUUCUCAAAUUCCACUCUGCCUCCACUUCUGUUUGUGUGUGUGUGUGUGUGUGUGUGUGUGGGUGGUCUGUGUACAGAAGGCCAGUGUACAUAGUAUAUCUGUGUAUGCUGGUGUAUUCACUGAAAAGAUGUGUGGGCAGUAUGAGCGC